AUGACGAACCACAAUAUUAAGGUUCAGAGAGCCACCUCAGUCCUCCUGAUCUUGCUACUGUGCUCCUUUGCCGGGGCCAAACGAGCCGUGCCAGAUUGCUGCCGGCAAAAAAGCUGUUCAUGCCGCAUCUUUGAUCUGCUCCAUGGGAUGGGCAACCAUGCCGCCGGCAUCCUGACCAUCGGCAAGCGUAGCAGUGCCAUGACUACCAAGGGCUUCCAGAGCCGCCUCUACCGCCUUUUGCAUGGCUCAGAAAACCAGGCUGCUGGGAUUCUCACAAUGGGCAGGAGAGCGACUGGGCUCCUCUGGCACCUCGAUAAGAAUGCACCCAGCAUCUCCUAG